CUUAAAAAGACAGAGAAGGAAAGCUUGCGAAAGAAUGAAAAGAAAGGAAUUUUGUAGAGACAUCUUUCGGAUUUAGUUACCGUUAGACUGUUGGAUGUAAUAUUUCUUGUAGUAACUUCAACUCUUCAUAGCUGUUGAUGCCUCCUGUUGAACUUUUUCAUUCUGUCAAUGGCUAUCCUCUUGGUAAAGUGUUAUGGAUAAAUGGCAGCAACCAAAAUGUUUUCAAAAUUUAAAGGUUCAACAGUUAACUCCAAUCUUUUCGAGUCCAAUUAUGCUAGAGGUCCAACAACAUACAAUCCAUUUGAAACCAAUCCAAUCUCACAAUAUUUCGAGAUUGGCAAUCAAACUGGAAGUGCAGGACCCGAAUUAGCUUGGAAAAUUUACGAUGCAACUCGAAAAUUGGACAAAAAGGAAGCUUCUGUAUUUUUCUUCAACAAAAAGUCAGUGGACAAACUUCACAAACCCAAACGUAAAGAGGCCAUUUCUGAAAUACUUAAAUUUAGUGCAAAACAAUUGGAUCGUUAUCGUCAUCCCAAAAUUUUGACUCUUUACCAUCCAGUUGAAGAGUCACCAGAGACUUUAGCCUUUGCCACUGAACCAGUGUUGGGAAGCCUUGCCAAUGUACUUGGAUACCUUGAGGAUAGAUUACCACAAAACAUAAACUCACCAAUCAAGCAAUAUUCAUUUCUUGAGUUUGAGGUUAAAUACGGACUUUUACAGAUAGCGGAAGCUUUAUUAUUCUUACACUAUUCUUGUAAAAUAAUUCACCGAAACAUUUGCCCACAAUCUGUGAUAAUCAAUAAGAAAGGGACCUGGAAAUUGGCCGGAUUCGAGUUUACUGAACGAUGUGGUGAUAACGAUAUCAUGAUGCCAAUAGGAUGUCAACCAUUUACCAGUAAACUACCAAAAUCGGCUCAACCUGAUCUCGAUUUCAUGGCACCCGAAGUUCAAAAUCAAUCAUGCUGUAGUCCACAGAGUGAUAUGUUUUCAUUUGGUAUUCUUAUAUGCACUCUCUACAAUAAAGGUCGAUCUCCGUUGGAGUCCAACCUUUCCGUUGUCCAAUAUAAUCGUAAAAUUGAAUUGCUUAGUCGCAAUGCUGUUUCAAUAUUGGACAAUCUUCCCACUGAUUUACAAUUACCUGUUCAAGGUUUGUUAGACUUAGAACCCAGACGAAGACCAACUUCUCAACAAUUUUCAAUGGUAAAAUACCUUAUGGAUCCAUGUAUUCAUGCCCUGCAAUAUCUUGAUGUUAUCCAAAUGAAAGACUCGGCCCACAAGUCAACCUUUUAUUUCAACCUUAAAGAGAUUCUCCCAAAUAUUCCAAAGAAAAUGUGGUUUACUCAUAUCUUACCUUCCAUGGAAGCAGAAUUUCAAAGCUCUGAAGUCUUGGCUGCAGCACUUCAACCUCUUUUACGGAUGAUUGAAGAGUCGACGGUUGAAGAGUAUCAAAACAUCAUUUACCCAAUAGUCAGGAAUAUAUGUUUAAUGCCUAAAUCGGUUCAGGCAACUGUCACUCUAUUGGAAAGCAUGGACAUUUUAAUAUCCAAAACUGCAAAAUCUGAUUUCAAACAAGACAUUCUUCCAAUGGUUUAUAACGCAUUUGAAUCAGCAACUCCACAAAUUCAGUGUGCUGCUCUUCAUGCUGUCUCUUUGGUGAUUGAUGAUCUUGAUCAAUACACAAUUAGUAAAACAGUUCUACCUCGAGCAAAGUUCUUUUUUGAAGGAAAUUCCAAUAUACAGAUUCAAGCCAAUACCUUGAAUUGUAUUGAAAGAGUUUUGGAUAAUCUGGAAAAGACUGAAAUUCUGGAUGAAGUUCUUCCAAUUUUAAGUAAAGCCAAGUUAACCGAACCAAUUGUUCUAAUGCCUGUUGUUCGAAUUUAUAAGCGGAUGAUGAGUGACAAACGAUAUGGUUUAACUGUUAAUCUUUUAGCGACCAAAGUAUUACCUUCCCUGACUCCUGUAGUGGUUUCACCGACUCUUAAACUCGAAGAGUUUUCCCUGUUAGUCAAAUUGUUACAAGAAAUGCUAGAACAUGUUGCUCGUAACCAGCGAAAUAAACUAAAACUCGAACGUCUAUCGAUGCCGUCAAAUGAUGGAAGAAUGCAACUUCAUCGUAAUUUAGAUCAACCCAUUGGCUAUCCUCAUCGACCUCCUUGCCUUAGACUGGAAACUCGUCGAACCUCAAUAUCGGUUGACGAUGUUGUCCGACGUACAACCUCUUCUGGAGCCUCCAGUCCUGACAUUAAUUUACUUCAGGUUCAAGGUAACCUUCCAGGUCGUCGUCAUUCAGAUAACACCAUUCAACCUCCAAGGAUAUUGAUUGCUCCCUCCAGUCCAACAGGUUCCGGUUCCAUGUCAAGACGAUCAAGCUUUGCCAAUCUUCACUUUCGUCGUCAUUCAAGUGCAAAUCCAAACGAUCCUAAAUACAACCAAUCAAUUUUUUCUGCUUACAGUUUCAAGCCUUCCCAAGGGAUUGACUUUUUCAUUCCAAGUUUAUCAAAUGCAAAUCGAAGUCCCAAUCACCAAUCAUCUUCACCAGUUGGUGGUCGUCGUUACUCAACUGCAGCAGUUUUCAAUCAAGGAACCAACUCGACACCUUCAAGUCUCCUUCAAACACUCGGCUCUGGUAUGCAACAACUUUUUGGUAAAUAAAGCUCUCAAUACAUUUGGAUUAUUUGAUAUUUCCAGCAACUUGAACAAUUGCUUAUUAAAACUUGAUCAACUCCUAGUCCCAAUGAAGCUCACUGGAGGACAAAAUGCGGCCAAUUUCAAUUGUUGAUCAAGAAGGCAAAGCGAGAAAAGUUUAAUUACAAUUUUCUUCUUCUUCUCCAUCAUCUUCUUCUUGGCUAACCUGGCAUCAAUUAACAUUUUAAAGGUAAACCUGGAAAUGGUCAACAUGGUCAACAAGAGCUCACUUGAAGCAACGAAGCAACACAUUAAUUAACUUCUUAACCAUUUAAUAAUAAUUUAUUCAAAUUAUGUUGUUAUAUACAUAAAUAUUAUUGCUCCUGGUUUAUUGACUAAAGGAGUAAAGUUGAAAAAAAGUGAGAAAACAUCUCAACUAAUCAAGGCAAUUACAUUUAAUCAAAAACUAAUUAACAUUGAGCUAAUCUAAAGUUAGAUUUAUCAUUAACUUUUUAAUCAACGUUAAUCCAACAGUAAAUUGUUUCUUAAUAUGCAAUUCAUCAAGAGCUAUUAGAUGAGCAACACUUUAACUUGUAAAUUAUUGCUUUGCUUUUACAACAAAACUCCAACAUUAAGUAACCAGAUUUUGGGUUUGAUUUGGGUUUAACCUCAACCCAUUUGAUUAAAUGUUGAGUCAACUUUUCUGGUUUAACUUCAAGACUUUACUUUUAGAUCAAUUUAAAUUGUAGUUAGAAUUCAAUUAAUGAUCAGCACUUUGAUUUAUCUCAUUUUUCCCUGUCAUCUUAACCAUUCCUCAUGAACAUUCCAUGAUCAGGUGAAAUCAAUUUUGUUGAUUAAAUCCUGUCUAUUCUUGGAUCCAUUUACCUCAUAAACCAGGUUAAUAAUGAUGAUAUUUUUUUGCUGUUCCUUGAGCAAAGAAAGAAAAAAAAUGAUGAAAAAGAUUGAACUUCAUAUUCAUUUCCAUUGGAAUCCUAUUCAUUUUUCCAUCUUUCCAUCAUCAUGAUCAUCAAGAUCACUAUUUAAGCUCUCGAUAUAUAUACAUAAAUAGAAAUAUAAAUAUUAAGAAAUGAGAAGAAGCAAAAUUAUUAUUAUACAAUGAUAAAUAUUAUUAUCUGUUCAGAUGAUGAUGAAUUCAGUGAAGCUGAAACAAUUAUUGUUACUAUGGGAACAUAUAUAUAUAUAAAUGAGUAAAAUUCAUUUCUUUUUUUUGAUGAAACAUGAUUUUACCUGGAAAAUGUUGUGUUGUUUGAAAAAUUGUUUUCCUCUUUAUUUUGACCCAUUUAAAUGAUUACUCUUUGUUAUUGAACAGCAAACAUUUAAAUCAUCAGCAUCACUGUGAUGCAUAUUAACUUGAUCAUCUUCAUUGCCAUAAUCAGUUGAUUACUUGGCUUUAAUAAGGCUUUAAUUUUUGGCUCUGCUCUCAUGUAAAUUCAUGAGUUUAACUGGAAAUAUAAAAGCAAAUGAAGCUAAAAUGUUUUUAUGUUAUAACUUGUUGUUGUCACUUGAAAAGACUGUAUUAACUGCAUUUGAAUGUAACAUAAAAAUAAAUGUAUCAUUAAUAUAAAUAUUGGUAAUUAUUAUUAUAAAGUGACAAUGAUUGAUGGCUUGUAAUAAAAUAUAUUAUUAAACAUUAUAGUCCAUGGUUUAUUAUAAUAAAUUGACAAAUCAAUUUGAUUGCUUUAUCCAUUUGAAAUCGACAACAUAAUUUAUGGUUGUAACCAGUUGAUCAUGAGGUAAGUUGACGGGUUGAAAGAGACAUCUUUUGGGUUCUCUGGUUUUGUCUGGGUUCACUUUGGUCUUUUCUGGUUUCCUCCAUAUUAUUGUCUCUUGGUUAAGUUGGGUUUUGGUAUAAACUUGACUAAUUUAUAUUUAAAGUAACCAAUUAAAGGAAACAUGUGUUGUGAUUUAGAUGAAA